CGCUUAACUGAUUGAGCCACCUGGCGACCCUAAUGACUUUAAUAGUAAAAUAAUAUUUAACUGUUCUAUCUCUAGCUUCCUUUAAUUUGGGACAGUUCCCCCAUCUUUCUUUUUUUUCAUAUCUUUGACAUAAAGAGCAUAGUCCCUUUAUUUAACAGAAUGUCCCUCAGUUUAUGUUUAGUGAAGGUGUUCAUAUGAUUAAAUUUGUUUGUUUUUUGUUUUGGUCAGAAAUAUCACAGAAAUGAUGUCUUCUCAGAGCAUUGUAUCAUGAGGCACGCAAUAUCUAUUUGCUCCAUCACUGGUAAUUUAAUUUUGAUUGUUUAAGGUAGUGCCUGCUAGGUUUCUCCACAUAGUUACCAAUUUUCUCUUUGUAAAUUAUAAAGAUCUUGUGGAGAGAUACUUUGUGACAAAGUAAAUACUGUUUCUUAUAACACCUUCACUCACUAGUGUUAUGGCCAGAUGGUAAUUUCUUAAUUCCAUGAUUUCUUGUACAUUUAUUACUUAGCAUUCUGCUCUGAGAAGCUUUCCUUUUUUGUCUCUGUCUCUCUCACAACAUAGAUUCAUGAAUUCAUUUUAGGGGUUAGGAUCCAUUAAUAUAUAUUUUGAUGCUCAAAUUGUCCCAGAUUUGGGCAGUGGGAUUUUCUUGAAGCUUCUCUGUCUCUCUGUCUCUUUCUCUCUUUCAUAUUUUUAUCAAUCUCUGAGUAACUUGUUUAGCAUAGCAAGGUACCUGUCCUAACCUUAAAUCAUAUGUUUCUUCAAGAAAACUUGUUCCUUUUUUUUUUUUUUAAUUUUUUGAGAGUGGUAUUUAGAAACCAUAAUCUACCCCAUAAUCUUCUGGGGUAUCAUUGCUUCUAGGCCCUUUCAGCAGAGGUAGGAAAUACAUGUAUGUGUAUACAUGCACACCUAUCUGUUUCUGUAUGUGUAUGUAUGUCUGUGUGUAUAACCAUAGUUAUAUAAUGUUUGAUACCUAUAAUUACCAUCUAAGAUCACAGUUCAUUUUAACCUUCCCUUAUCAUAUUUGUUCCCUUUUCUAAUGGUGAUGAGUCUGGCUUCCAUUUUCUUAAGAUAUUUACUUAUUUGCUUUAGAGUACAUAAAUAGAUUCAGAAUUUAUAACAGACAGCUGUGAAAAAACCUAAGUAUGUAGGUGUUUUACCUUUAGUUUUAGAGCAUAUAGUAAAAAGACUGUGUUUUUUUAGAAUACUUAGGUUAGUUCUCUUUUUCCUCUUCAGUGUAAUUUUGUUAUUCAUUUAAAAAACUGACCCUUGUUUUGUUUGUUUUUAAUCAAUUUUAAGUUUUUCAUCCUUGUUGAUUUUGUUUAUAAUUUACAGUAAUUUUUGGAAUAUGAAAUUAUACUUAUUUUAAUAAAUUAGAACUGUAGAAAAGGAAUAUGGGGAAGAAAUAAUAGAUGGCUACUUUGAUAAAUGUUUAAAGUUUACAUGGACUAAUUGGUGAGUUUCAAUUAUAUGUAAUAUGUGUGUAUACAUGCUAUAUACACUGUGUUCCACUGUACUUUUUUUUUCCACUUAAAUGUUUUAUCUUAGAGUUUGUUCCAUGUCAGUACAUAUAAAUCUGUCUCAUUCGUUUUAAGAGCUGAGUUGUGUUCCAUUAUAUGGAUAUACUGUAUAUUCUAUUCUCUAUGGAUGGGCAUUUGGUUUGUUUGCAGUCUAAACAAAGGUAUAGUUAACUAUUUUCUUACUAUACUGCUGUGCACAUGUAUGAUUACAGUCAGAUCACUUUUAAAUCGAAAAGGAAAUUACUAAAUCCUAUUUUUGGGGGAGGGGACAGGUGAGCAGUUUGAUGUUGCAAAAGCUCUAUAUGUGAUUAAGUUGGUUUUUAAGAAUCUUUGAGUUAUAAAUUACCAAUUUCUAAGUUACAGUCUGAAACAUAAAACAGUAUAGCGUUUAAAGUAUUUUGGUAUUUCAAACUAGUUACUACUACAAGUCACAGGAAAAUUACUGAUUAGCUGUAUUCUUUACUAAAUGCUGUCACAGCUAUUAAAACUGACAGUUUUGAUUUAAACCUGUCAUUUGUGGUAUGAAGAAAUGGAAGUGCAAACACUUUCGCAUUGUCUUAGACCAAAGUCAACUUUGUAUUGUUUGUUUUUCACCACAGUCUAUAAAGACUCAAUAAAUCUAGCAGGAUGUGUAAAUAUACAUAUAUUUUGGGUGUUUUUAGUAAUAAAUGAAAUACAUUAUAUAAGACUGGAGAAAAUUGUUUUACUUAAAAUUAUAAUUUUAAUUAUUUUGUAGUGUUAUCUAGAAUAAUGUAGCUGUCAAAUACUUACAGAUUAUAUAGCCCUAUUCGGUUUCUCCUGUGGGGUUUACAUUUUUGACUGCCUCUUUGUACCCAUGUUGUAAUGGGUUUAGGGUCAUAGGGAGGAUGUAAAAGUCAUGUACCUUAUGAUAGGUAUUUUUAUCCUCAAGUGACCGCAUUGGUUUUUAUAUCUAGCUCUCAAAGUCUUUUAUGUGAGUUAAUCAUAUUUAACUUUGCAGAUAAUAAAUUUAUAAACAAGAUUUAACUUUCUUAAGCUCAUAAGUAACUUGUAUUUCAUUUUGCACAGUGCCUUGGUAACUAGCCAAGGAUUUUAUGCCUCCUAGUAGUUCUCAUCAGAUCAGGAACUGGAAGAAUGAGGCCUACUUUUGACCAAACAUAGGUCAAAAAGAAUUGGUUUCAGCCGGUUGAUGGGAAAUUUUAGGGGGGGAGGCAGCAGCGGAAUCUCUGCAAUCAAUGUGGAGCUUCAGAAAUUUUUCAGGUAACAAAAGGUUGCACACAGAUUCUAUUCCAGUGAUAAAAAUCAAAAACUGUUUUAAAUAAGAAAUUUAAUGGGAAAGACGAUCUCUUUAAAAAAAAAAUUUGUAUGUGCUUUUUUUAUUAUACAUGCUUUUUUUCUUAUUUAGCAAUGUCAUUUAUAGAAUGUAAUACAUUUGUUUUUAACAAAAGGUCCUUAAUAAAGGAUUUGAUUUCUAAGAAAAUAACAGGGCAGGAAAAUGGAAGAAAAAAUGGCUUUUUGUUUUUAUGUGUUCCUUUUUAUAGUAUAUUCAAGGCUGUAAUAUAUUUAGAAUUGAGUAUUUUUGCUUAAUAGUAAAAUAAUAUAGGACUACUAGUGUUUUUUGGAAGCUAUAUUGCAGUUAUGUAUUUUUUUUAACUGUAGUGAGUAAAGUUAAAUGCAAGCUUUAAGAGCUAUACUUUUUUUUUUAAGAGCUAUAUUCUUAAUACUGUUGUUAAAUUAAACAGGAUUUAAUCUGAUCAGUAUUCUUAUGCCUCCUAAACCUCUUUAUUCUUUCUGAUAUAUAUUUUUUUAACAUUUAAAAAAAUGUUUAUUUUUGAGAGAGUGUGUGCACGUGGGAGAGGAGCAGAGAAAAAGGGAGACAGAGGGUCUGAAGCGGGCUCUGCACUGACAGUUCGAUGUAGGGCUCAAACUCACGAAUCGUGAGAUCAUGGACUGAGCCACCCAGGAACCCUUGAUGUUUCUAUUAUUGUAGAGCUUUUGUUUUCUUUAUAAGUUCUUUUAGCAUCCUCUGCUAUUUUUUAUAACUAACUUUGAAAUAUAUUAUUAUAAUUAUAUAAUAUUGCUAUAAUUGUAAGGCACUACAGUGAAAUUUGAAGUUUCCAGUAGUUAGCAUUCUGAAAUAGCUUGGUUUCUCUAAUAUCUGUAUUAGAGAAGGAACCAGAAAAAUAUACUAAAGCCUUCCUGGCAGUGAAUAAAUAGUAGCUCCUAAGCACCCAACGCAAAUGAGAGAGCCAGAAGAGCCAAAGACCUGAAGUCAGUCCGGACCCAGUGUACUUUACUGGUUUGUCACAAUGAAGGAGUACUCAGAUUGGCUGGUGAUGUCGCACAGGCCCUGCUUUUUUAUUUUUUGAGAGAGAGAGAGAGACGGUAGGGGGAGAGGGAGACAAUCUUAAACCGGUUCCUUGCUUGCCUAGUGUGGAGCCUGACGCUGGGCAUGAUCUCAUAACCAUGAGAUCUUGACCUGAGCCGAAAUCAAGAGUUUGACACUUAACCGACUGAACCACCCAGGUGCCUCUCAUAGGUCAUUCUUUUUAUGUGAAAGCUGAAAGUGUGAUGGACAAGGUAACAAAGGACAAAAGUGUCAGGGAGAAAAGGGACCACAGCAACUUUGAUUAUUGGUGCAGGCAUGGUGGUUAUUAGAAAUAGUAAUUAGAUACUUAUGUAGUCCAUAUUCCAAAUAGGGCAUAGAGAGCCAGUGAUAAAAUGGCCACCUCUUUUCUGGAUAGGCAAUAAUUCAUCUGAUACCAUUGAAGGCUUAGAGUAUCUCUAAGGGGUGGAAGUAAAAUGGCAUUGCCUAUAGCAAGGGAUUAGGGAAAGAACUAGCCACUAUACUAGAGCUUGGGGAAUCCAGUGUAGAUCGGUGGACAUGUGGGAGAUGGGGACAAAUGGGUAUUUCUCCGUGAGAACCACUCUGAAGAUAUAGCAAUAUAUAUCAGUAUUUUGGAAGGCAUUAAAAGUACAAAAGCAGUGUCCUGUACUUCAUAGUCUGUAAGAUUUAUAUCUUUGCUAUUUUGUGCUUACUAGUGAGAAGUAGGACAUUAAAGAAAAUGUUAUGUUUUCUAAUACAUCAUCUUGUUAAGAUGGAUCUUUGAAUUGUACUCCUGUGGUUCCUUUUAUUUUAAUGUUUCUCUUUAAUUUUGUUAUUCAAUUCUAUAAUUGAGGGAAAACAUUCUGUGAAAAAAAUAGGGUUUAAGGUAUUGAGAAAGUAUAUAGGACAUCUUAGAUUUGCAUUAAAAAGUAAUUUAAAGAAGAAUGUCACAUUAAAAAAAAGGGUGGGGGGCGUCUGGGUGGCUCAGUUGGUGAAGUAUCCAGCUUCUGUUCAGGUCAUGAUCUCAUGGUUCAUGGGUUCAAGCCCCACAUUGGGCUCUCCUGACAGUUCAGAGCCUGGAUCCUGCUUUGGAUUCUGUGUCUCCCUCUCUCUCAAAAAUAAACAUUAAAAAAACAAAAACAAACCGUCAAAUGUUUGAAGAGCCAGUCUUCAGAUACCUGGAGAACUCCACUAUGUAGAAUUUCUCAGUAGUGAUCUUUUUGGUAUUCUUUCCUUCUUCUGGAUAGAGUUUGUAGUCUCCCAUCAGGCUGUGUGCAUUACUUUUCAGCAGAUAGAUUUACCAUUGUGGUGUGGAGCAUGUUGAAUUUGGCAGCAGAGGAAGACCUGUAACUAAGAAGGGUGUCUUGUUUUUAUGAACUAGGCCACAUUUCCUGUCAUACUUAAGCAUUUUCUUGCAUAGGCACAGGUGAUCAGUUCGACACUGGACUUUUCGCCCCCCCCUUUCAGAACAUGGGGAAUUAUUUUUGCAGUCUUUAAAUAUGAGAAAAUUCAGUUACCAUUGAUUUUGUUGACCAAACAUGUAAAAGGCUCAUUGUGACUGUCAUUAAUUUUGAGUUAAAACGGAUCUCCCUGCAGAAAUAUGGUCUUGCCCCCUUAGGAUAUUAUGAAUUGCAGUUAGGACCCUUUUGAUAAAGCCCUUUUUUUGGUGUUGGUGCUUAUUGUAAAACAUUGUUUUAUUUUUAUUUUCAGGAAAUUUUCAACAGGGGAAAUAUGAACCAUAUUAGCUAGUUCCUCCUGAGGAAAAAAUAAGAAUAGUUAAGAGCUUGCAUAUACAUCAAGUAGCAAACUUAUAUACACUACAAAUAGUUUUGUUGAUAUUAGUAAAUUAUUAUUUCCUGCAAAAUUAUAGAUAUGUACUUCAGUUUUAUGAGAAUAUGCUUAAAUGUAUUAUCUAUACUUCAUAAGCACUUAACUGAUUUACAGAGAAUAUUGACUUGAAAUUGCUCAAUCCCUAUCCCAAGUAACUUCCAUAACUACCAAAGACUCUUUGUAAUUAAAAACAAAACAAAAACCUUUAAAAAUAGAUACACAACCUAAUUAAUUAAAAUAAUGAGGGUGAAUUUGAUGUAAUGGCAGUUAAGGUGGGAGGGAUUACAUUAAAAUUUUAUAGGUAGUAUUAGCAAUUCCGUUUUCCUGUUAUGUCAUUAUUUAUAAAUAUACUUAAAAAUUGCUGGAGCUUUGACCAGAGGUUGAUGAUGGUAAACCUAAUUGUCUUAUUUUCCCAAAUAGAACUUGUAAUUGUUUUUCUUUUAUGCAGUUAUGUUUCUUUUAAUCUAAAAUUAGUUGACAAUUAUAAAAACAAGUUUGCUAAGUUACAUCAGUGUACCUAACACAAUAUGGCUAUUCUGUGUGAAGGAUUCUUAUCAAAAGGAUGCUCUUGGGGUGUCUGGCUGGCUCAGUUGAUAGAGCAUGCAACUCUUGAUCUUGGGGUUGUGAGUUGGGUGUAGAGACUACUUAAAAUCUUAAAAAAAAAAAAAAGCUCUUUAAUUUUCUUUCUCACCCCUUUCUCACCCUUUUGUUUUCAAAGAGAAACUGGUAGUCUGGGUAGAUUCAAGGCGUCUUUAAGAGAAAAUGUCUUGGGGAGCCCCAAGGAACUGAUGAAGUUAAGUGUGCCAUCAUUAGUGUAUGCUGUUCAGAACAAUAUGGCUUUCCUAGCUCUUAGCAAUCUGGAUGCAGCAGUAUACCAGGUGACCUAUCAGUUGAAGAUUCCCUGCACUGCUUUAUGUACUGUUUUAAUGUUAAACAGGACACUCAGCAAAUUACAGUGGAUUUCAGUUUUUAUGCUAUGUGGUGGAGUCAUACUUGUACAGUGGAAACCAGCUCAAGCUACAAAAGUUGUGGUGGAACAGAACCCAUUGUUAGGGUUUGGCGCUAUAGCUAUUGCUGUAUUGUGCUCAGGAUUUGCAGGAGUGUACUUUGAAAAAGUUUUAAAGAGUUCAGACACUUCCCUCUGGGUGAGAAACAUUCAAAUGUAUCUAUCAGGGAUUGUUGUGACAUUAGUUGGCGUCUACUUGUCAGAUGGAGCUGAAAUUAAAGAAAAAGGAUUUUUCUAUGGUUACACAUAUUAUGUCUGGUUUGUCAUCUUUCUUGCAAGUGUUGGAGGCCUCUACACUUCUGUCGUGGUCAAGUACACAGACAACAUCAUGAAGGGCUUUUCUGCAGCAGCAGCCAUUGUCCUUUCUACCAUCGCUUCAGUGAUGCUAUUUGGGUUGCAGAUAACACCCACCUUUGCUCUGGGUACUCUUCUUGUAUGUGUUUCUAUAUAUCUCUAUGGAUUACCCAGACAAGACACUACAUCCAUCCAACAGGGAGAAACUUCAAAAGAGAGAGUUAGUGGUGUGUGAUUUCAGCCUCAAAAGACUCUUACCAAGACAAAAACUGUUUGCAUUAAACUAGAGCCUUAAGUCAAUCCGAGAAGGUAGCUUAAACAAAAACAUGUUAACUGUGUCAUAAGAAUUAAGAAGAAAGCUAUCUGAAUGAACUGCUACAAAGAUUUAAUGUGACCUGUUUUGGGUCAACCUGUUUUGUUUCAGAAUGAAAGACUUUUAUUGUAUAUAUAAUGUAUAUAAAAAAGUAUGGAGAGGGUAUGAUAUUACAAAAAAAUCAUGUGAGGAUACAAUAUUCAAGUAACAAGGUUUGGGACAAGGUUAAGGGUUAAAGUGCCAAAGCCAUUUCUGUACGAACUGUUUUCUUGUUCAGGAACCAGGGGAGAAGGAUGACCCCUCCUUGUUCUCCAAUUCAUGUACAGUAUUUCAUCCCAGCAGCAGUAAGACCCAGCUAGCUCUUUUCUUACAAAAGAGAGGCAUAACCAAGCCAGGCUAGUUCAGAAACAAACUGAAUGUUUAACUUCUCAAACUGAAUCUAUUUCAUAAUGCAGGCAAUGACUUCUGGGUGGUGACGGAGUACUCCUGUUAAGUGCUGUAUUUGUGCCAUUCAUUGUCUGGAUUCGUAUUUCUUUGCUGUUAGAUGAUCUACUUUUCUUCAAAAAAUAUUUCUAAUGUCACUUUUGUACUUUUUUUUA